AUGGGGGCCUUUCAGCUUCCCGACAGCGUCUUGGGCGAUGCUAUCGGAUGCCUCGUCUACUCCUUUGUGUGUCUGAUAGCCAACAACAUCCUGACUUACAUCGCCUUCAUCGCAUACUUCACCCUCCUCGCCACCUACUCCAGCAUCAUCCAGCAGCUGUACGACUACAUCUUCUGGAGGGAUCUCAUGGUUGCCCAGUACUACUAUGGUAAGGACCACGCCGACGACGCUGAGGUCCAAUAUCAGAAGGGCAUCUUUGGUCUAAAGCUGGUUCUUUCAUACAUCCGUAUUUCCUUUUCCUUGACGGCAACCGUCUAUGGCUGGUGGGCAAAGAAGCCGAAAGCCCUACGGGUGUUAUCCAUCACGGGUCGGAUCGUCCCAAUCGUCCUGGCAGUGAUCAUGACCGUACUGCUUCAGCUUGAUUUCAUUCACAAAAACUUCAUGGUUUACAUGGUCGUGGCGAAUGCGCAAUUUCUGCUCAGCCUGGUCGGCGCGUGCAUCUUUCUGCUCAUGAUCCUCUUCAAGUAUGUGCAGACGCGCCAUCAGCUCAACACAUGGGGAGGGAUUCAGUACGGAAAGGGGGACGCAUCAACCGGGACAUCGGGCAAGAGAAGCUUCCGCAGCAGGGCCAACUCAAACAAGUCCCGAUCACCAAACGGCUCGUUCGAUAAUUGGCUCGUCAUUCGCCUCUCAAUAGCAUUCGUGAUGCUCUGCGUCUUCGAGUACACGAACGUCGGUCCGAGGCUCUCGGCAAGAGGCCACGUCGUAGAGAGCGCAUACAAGCCCGAGCCCGACACAUCACACAGGCGAGCACUCGCCAGCGUCAGGGGCUACCUUUCAGGGGUAUCCCCCAGCCUCCUCGCCUUCAUAGUCUUCGGCACCACCAAGACAUUCCAGAAGAAGAUGUACAAGACAUUUGUCCCCAAGUUCCUCCGCAGGGGCCACAACGUACCCGACGACGACGACGACAUGUUCAGGUGCAGGGCCCCCUCCCACCUCCCCCUGUCCAACUACAGCAGCACCAUCCGCGGCUCCUCGUCCGCGAUGCUGCCGCCGCCGCACCCGCCCCCGCUCAGCACGGCCGACACGUACGCCAACUCGCCACGCUCCCUCUCCCUCUCGGGCAGCAGCCCCUCAUCAGUGUGGAAGCCCGAGCCCGCGGCGCUCCUCUCCACCAUCCCCGACGAGCCCGACGACGACCCCAUAGCCGUAGACCCGCGCCUCCCGCGCCGCAGCCAGAUCGGCAUGGCCCUGCCGUCGCCGCCGCCCAAUUGGCAACACGCCCACACCACCAACCCGGGCAGCCCGGGCAGCCCAGGGGGCCCGUACUCCCCCAGGACCCCCGUGUCCGUCUACUCCACCUACCAGGCCCGGAACCAACACACCCACACCGGCAUGAACGAGAGCGCCCCCGGCACGCCCACGCUGACGGCCGACCACCACCACCACGCGCGCCACCACAGCUUCUCCCGCCCCACGAGCCGGUCCGUUGAUCACGGUGCGGGCGGGGCAGGCGCAGGCGGGCCGUGGACCCCGAGGCUGGGCCGGGGCCGCAGCCGCAGCCGGAGCCGGUCGGGGCGGGACGCGUCGCAUGACAGCAGUUCCAGCCGCGUGCCGAUAUCGCGGUUCAAUGGUGGUGUCGGGAGGAGCAGCAGCAGGGCCAGCACCGGUGCUGGUGCUGGCGGUCUGGACCUGAUCAUGGACAUGGACGACGGGGCGAGCAGCGCGGGCGUGUCCAUGACUACGAUCUGGAGCGACGCGGCGCCGCUGCCGCGGCGGGGGAGUCGGCAUAGUCGGGUGUAGCGGGGCCUGGGCCUGGGGUGUGUAUAAGUAAAUAAUGGGCCUGAAGCUGCUCAGGUGCUUGGGUUUGGGACCUCGCUGGGAGUGAGGAAAGGAAAGGAAAGGCUUUGGUCGAGCUGGGAAACGGAUUCAUACCCCCUUUUUUUUUAUUAGUUAAGUUAGACGUACAGAACGUCAAAUGCACGCUGAGAUGCUCUCUUUGGUGUAUGCAUGACAGAGACGGAUAUAGUGCUGAAUUGUAAUGAUAAUUGUUUA